AUGUACACGUCCAUUUCGGCAUCUCAGUGGGGUUCCCCUACCGCUUCCAGGCGGGUUCUGCUCAUUCAUGGGUUGACUAUGUCCUCACAAUCAUGGGAGGGCGUUGCUCAGCUAUUAGCAACAGAAGGGUUCUUUGUUGUCGCGCCGAAUCUCCUUGGGCAUGCAUGGAGACGAGGCACCGACACCGACUAUCGUGUGUCCACCCUUGCUGAGGACCUCCGACCGUAUUUUGUCAUGGACACGUCCUACGAUGUGAUUAUAGGUCAUUCUCUUGGGGGCGCGGUGACCUUAUCGCUCUUGCCACUCCUGUCCAACACAAAAGAAACAACUGUUAUACUCCUCGAUCCUGCCCUCGAGCUCACGAAGGAGAUAGCCGACAAGUGUGAAAACUGGUUUCUGAAGGAGAUUGCCAAUCUCAGAACCGCUGACGACCACAUGGCUGAGAACCCUGUUUGGUCUCGAGGUGACAGCAUGUUAAGAGCGCUGGGAAUCUCCAUGUGUGAUCAUACUGUUGUCAAGAGGAUAUUUGAGCAUAACAGGCCAUGGUCUUUUAGUGGCCUGUUCAAAAACGUUUCACCCCAGGUGAAUAUCACUGUGCUGGCAUCAGAUCCGGCGCUCGGUGCUAUUUGUCAUUUGGAGCACGUCCCGUGUGACGUGGCGAGAUUGCGUGCCAAAGUUUUUAUCGGAAUUGGUCACUGGAUUCAAUACGAGACGAUUUCAAAACAUGACCCCAUUCCCUCACCUAGUCGCACCCGCAAACAUCCAAGUCAUCUCAGUGUGGACAUGACCAUUUCAGCGUCUCAGUGGGGUUCUCCUACCGCUUCUAGGCGGGCUCUUCUCAUUCAUGGCCUGACCAUGUCCUCGCAAUCAUGGGAGGGCAUCGCUCAGCUAUUGGUAGCAGAUGGGUUUUUCGUCGUUGCUCCAAAUCUCCUCGGGCAUGCAUGGAGACAGGGCACCGACUAUCGUAUUUCCGAUAUUGCAGAGGACCUCCGAUCGUAUUUCGCCAUGGGCACAUCUUACGACGUAAUCAUCGGUCAUUCUCUUGGAGGCCCAGUGGCCUUGUCGCUCUUGCCAUUCUUGCCCAAGACGCAAGAAACCACUGUCAUACUUCUCGAUCCUGCCCUCGAGCUUACAGAGGAGAAAAUGAAAAUCAACACGCAAUUAGUUUUAAACGAGAUGUCAAGAAUCAGAACCCCCGAAGAGCAUAUGGCUGAAAAUCCUGCUUGGUCGCGACGUGACUGCAUAUUAAGAGUGCUGGGGAUGGCCAUGUACGAUCGCACUGCUAUCGAGAUACUUCGGCAAAACACGCCGUGGUCUUUCACUGGGUUGCUCAAGAACAUUCCACCCAACGUUAAGAUCACCGUACUGAUAUCAGAUCCAAAAUUCAACGCUUUUUUGGAUUACGUCCCUCUUGACAUGGAGAACGUGAAUUCCAAAGUUCUUACAGGAAUUGGUCACUGGAUUCAAUAUGAGCUUCCGCGUGCUAUCAUGGAUGAAAUUCCCUUACCGAGAGCAAAACUGUGA